AUGCAUAUACUUGACCAGGCCACAGGCAACGUCGGGAAACCAGUUGUCACAGCCCUGGCUGAUGCAGGAUAUACCGUGACAGCCGCCUCACGGACCGAAGGCAAGAAGUUCCCGGACCCGAUCAUCCCAGCCGUCGUCGACUACAGUUCAUUCGACGCGCUCGUGGACCUGUUCCAGGGGCAGGAUGCCGUCGUGGAAGCGUUCCCACCCAAUGCCGCGUACAUGCAACCCACCAUCGUCGAGGCGUGUCUGAAAGCCGGGACGGUCAAGCAUAUCAUCACCCCGGAUUUCGCGGGAGACACGUUCAGUCCGCACAUCGCCGAGCUGCCGCUUUAUGUGCCGAAGGUGGAGGCACAGAAACAACUCGAGGAGAAGACAAAGGGCACGACUCUGUCUUGGACUGCUAUCAUCACGGGAGGAUGGUAUGAUUGGGCAAUUCCCCUCGGGUAUUACUGGAUCAAUCCGCAGACAAAUACCAUCAUCGUGUACGGCAGCGGCGACCAGCGCAACAGCAUGUGUGGAGUCUGCACGGCGGCCAAAGCGGUGUGCGAUGUCCUCGCCGAUCCGGCCAAGUUCAAGAACCGUCCUGUUUAUGUCGCCGAGCAUACGAUCAGUAUGAACCAGCUGAUUCCUAUACUGGAGGAGCUGCGGCCCGGUUGGAAUAUUGUCAAGGUCGAUCUCGAUGCCUUUCAUGCCGAGGCUAAGAGACUGUGGGAAGAGGACACGGAGAAGGGUGUCGAAACCAGACUGCUCACGCCGGCGUAUAAUAUGCUCGGAACGUAUGGGAUCUUUGAGGAGAACAACAGAUACAAUGCCGACUUUGAGCGCCUGGUUGAGCCGGGGUCUGGGUAUCAGAAGUCGUUGGACGAAUUUAAGGAAGGGUUGAAGGCGCUGGUCGGCGCGAAAUGA